CUCCUCCACACAUACUCAGGGUUGGAGCCCCACCCAUCAUUUGGCUCAGAUCGCUCACGUAGGCUCAAAUCACUUGUUUAGUUCUCUACAGUGGGGAAGAAAACUUAGGGGUUCCUCCUCUGGACAUCUGGAACCUCGUCUGGAGUUCUGCUCUGUCGCUACAGCCCAGCACUUUCUGUCGGUUUGGUCUUAGAAGAAAACAAAAGACUUGCAGGAUGCCUUUUGGGGGAGGAAACAAGUGUGGCGCCUGUCAGAAGACCGUGUACUUUGCAGAGGAAGUGCAGUGCGAGGGGAAGUGCUUCCACAAGAGCUGCUUCCUGUGCAUGGUAUGCAGGAAGAACCUGGACAGCACAACAGUAGCUGUGCAUGAAGAUGAGAUCUACUGCAAGUCCUGCUACAGCAAGAAGUAUGGGCCAAAAGGCUACGGCUACGGAGGAGGAGCUGGAACACUAAGCAUGGACAAGGGAGAGUCUCUGGGGAUCAAGCAUGAGGAACAAGGUGAACACCGCCCCACAACUAACCCAAAUCCGUCCAAAUUGGCUCAGAAGUUUGGGGGCUCGGAUAGUUGCCCACGGUGUGGCAAGGCCGUCUACGCUGCUGAGAAAGUCAUUGGUGCUGGCAAUUCAUGGCACAAGACCUGCUUUCGCUGUGCAAAGUGUGGCAAAGGUCUGGAAUCCACAACCCUAGCUGACAAGGACGGAGAAAUCUAUUGCAAAGGAUGCUACGCCAAGAACUUUGGGCCUAAAGGCUUUGGGUAUGGCCAAGGAGCUGGAGCAUUGGCACACGCUCAGUAGAUCCCUGGGGAGGCAGUUCACCAUGAGGAAGUCACACCCCAAGCCAAGCCACAGUCACCUUAUCUUCCACUAGAAAUUCAAGUCUGUUUUUCCAAAUGACACUCCGUUCUCUUUGCUGUUAUGGGACCAAUGACAUUUCAGGGGCUUUCAAAACUUUUUUUUAUGUUCUCCUUGUGUUUUUUUUGUUUGGCUGCAAAGUGCUGAUGUUUGCUGCAAAAAGUAUGCCAUGAUUGUCAACUACAUUCCAGCUGUCACCACUAACAAUAGCAUAAGUACAGUAUCUUCACCUGCAUGUGUUGCACUUACAGUACCUUAUGCAAAAGGUAAGAUUGUGUAUACUUCCUUUCAUUCCAGAGCAUAUGAUCAAGGCUUGGAAAUAAAUAACUAAUAUGUAAUGUACUGAUCAAACCAUUAUGCCUUUUGCAUACUGUAUGUACAGUUAUGCCUAUUGUAAUAUUACAUCAUGAGACUAUAAAUUAAUUAUUAAAUAUUGCCAGACUGUCA